UGCAGUAAAGAGAAAACAAUUCUCAUACGUUGCUCAGAUGCAAUGAAUAAUAAACAUCGACAACAAAGUUAAAAAAAUAUGGUAAAGGCCUUUGCCACCACGGUCCACACCACAACAUUUCACUAUUUAAACCAAACCUCUAACCGUCCACCUUCGCCAUCGUCUCCAUCUACGAUCAUGGAAGUCAAGAGAUACCAGCCCACAUCUCCACCGUCCGAGACGAUCCCUAUCGUUGAUCUAAGCAACCCGGACGAAGAGCUAGUGUCACGUGCGGUGGUGAAGGCGAGCCAAGAGUGGGGGGUCUUUCACGUGGUGAAUCAUGGGAUCUCGAUGGAUCUGAUACGGAGGUUGAAGGAGGUUGGUACACAGUUCUUCGAGCUACCGGAGACGGAGAAGAAAGCCGUAGCGAAACCAGAUGAUUCCCAAGACUUCGAAGGUUACACGAGGAAUCUCAAGUAUACAGAAGGAGAGGUUUGGGCCGAUAAUCUUUUCCACAGAAUCUUGCCACAGUCAUGUAUCAACUACAAAUACUGGCCGAGAAACCCUCCGCAGUAUAGGGAGGUGAUUGAGGAGUACACAAAGGAGACGAAGAAGCUAGCGGAGAGGCUUUUGGGUUUUUUAUCAGAAGGAUUAGGGCUACGGCAUGAGGCGUUAAAGGAAGGUCUGGGUGGCGAAAAGUCGGAGUAUGUACUGAGAAUCAACAACUUCCCGCCUAAUCCACAACCGGAUGCGACCUUGGGACUACCGGAGCACACUGACAUCGUCGCACUCGCACUCAUCGUCACCAAUGAAGUUCCAGGUCUUCAGGUUUUCCAUGAAGGCCACUGGUUCGAUGUCCAGUACGUUCCCUCUUCCGUAACAGUCACCAUCGGUGAUCAGAUACUGAGGCUGAGCAACGGGAAGUACAAGAAUGUGUUGCAUAGAGUGACGGUGGAUAAAGAAAAGCAGAGGAUGUCGUGGCCGGUUUUUGUCGAUGCUAAUCCUGAUGUCGUCAUCCGACCAUUGCCUGAGCUCAUUACCGGCGAUAAUCCUUCUAUGUUCAAGUCUAUUAUCUGCAAGGACUUUAAAUACCGUAGGCUUUAUAAGCUUCCCGUCGACUGAUUCAAAUGAUAAUCAGUUUAUUUUUCUUUCUCCUUUCUACAAAUCAAAAUUCCCAGUCCUGUGUGUGUUUAUGCUACGUAUUGUAAAAUUUAUCUUCUACGUAAGUUUAUUUAUGCAAAAGGACCAAAUAAUUUACUACA